AUGGGGAAACGCAAGAGAAGCCGAUCCAGCGACAAACUAUCGCGUAGAGACUUACAAAAAACAAUUAAUGAGCUUCGCGAUAGACUAAACAGGCAGGAGCGAGAUCGUAGGUCCCAUUCACGUCGGCACAGUCGAAGCAUUUCUCCGAGGAGGCCCCGCUCUAGUUCGCGCAGUCGAUCCUUAGUACAGGACCGUACUUCGAUAAAAAGAAGGGGGGUGCCAGAUUCGGAGGAUCGUAACCACAAUUAUACGACUCGGAAACGUCGAACUUUGGACAAACCGACUUCCGAAUAUCAAUACUCUAGGAAUUCAUCGAGAGAACGUCGGGUUUCGCACAGCCCAACUUCCAAUCGAUACCAAAAUCCUAGAAAUACAUCGAGAGAGCGUCGGUUUUUGAACAGCCCGACUUCUUCACGAUUUUCAAAAGAAAAAAUAGACCGACGUAGCAUGAGCCGAGCCUCGUACGACUCGGCGAGUGUCACCAGUGGUAGAAGCCCGGCAUCGAACUGUCCGGCUAUAAACCAAGACCAUCCGGAACUGGAUGACCUAGAUACACUCGUACUCCAAGACGACAUAAAUUUACAAGCUGAAAACACUGAGAAUGAGGCGGAGCAACUUCCAGAGUGCAUUAAAGAGGUAUUAGGCAUUGACACUGACACCGAAACAAAACAGUCGUAUCAUCUCAAUGAUGCUAUAAGACAAGUUUGGUCACAAACAAUAGCCCAAGGCAUAGGAAAGGAAAAUAUGGAUCAAAUUUUGGAUCGCCAUAGGCCUCCCAAUAAUUUUCCUACUCUUGAUCCUCCAAAAGUCAACCCGGAAGUUGCUCACAUUCUUUCUCAAGCAUAUGUUAAGAGGGACCAAUGCCAUGCAAGAUAUCAGCUAUUGGUGGGAAAAAGUACAAGUGCGCUUGGCAAAUGCAUGAAUUAUGUCAUCAAUGAAAUCAAGAAUAAUGUUGAUUCUGAUCUAAAAAUGCACUUGCUACCACAUCUAGCAGAUGUGGGCACAUUCAUGACCCAGCUAUUCCAUGAGAUCUCGACGACCCGUAGGGAAUAUAUUUCACAACUUCUCUCCAAAUCGGUGAAAGAUACCAUCAAAGAGACUAUUCCGGGGGAAUAUCUAUACGGCACCGAUUUGGCAGAAAAGAUUAAAAUGGCAAAAAUUGCAGAAAAAGCUGGGAACGACUUAAGACAAGACGGUUAUAGCAACAAGGCAGGGCCAUCCGGCAUCAGAAGAGGGGGGGGCACACCUCUCAGCGCCAGCAUGGCAACGCCCGCCUCGCCAGUCAGGGAGGGACUCGGGGCCGAGGAAAGGGCAAACCUCCAAGCAAAGUCGCCCCCCAGGGAGCAGAUACCAAUAAAGUUCAACCCACCCUCUGGCCAACAGAUUAACAUUAGUGGCCGCGAAAUUAUCCGGCAGGGGUUUCAACUGAGAGGAAUAUCGGAUGAGGCGGUAGAGACCAUAAUCGAUUCAAUAUCGACAGCUACGAUCAGCCAGUAUGCGUGUACUUACCGUCUAUGGUAUAAGUACUGUGAAGAGAAGCAGAUACCAGUAUUUCAGGCAAACGUCCUGCAGGUAAUAGAAUUCCUUCAGAACAUUAUCAAUACAACUGAACUAAAUUAUGGAAGUUUAAACAGCCACAGAUCUGCGAUCUCCCUUAUAUCCUCCGAUAGCCUAGGUUCACACCCCCUGAUAAAACGGUUCAUGAAAGGGGUAGCCAGAAGACGACCAAUGAACCCCAGGUAUAGGUUCACGUGGGAUCCUCAACCAGUUCUUACAGCAUUAGGAAAUCUCCCUAACAACCAACUUAAAAGCCUCACCCACAAACUGGUGACCCUACUUUCACUGGUAACAGGUGGCCGCCUUCAAACGAUCUCUUUAAUCCGGGUAUCAAACAUUCACAGAGACGAAACCAGAUUACAAAUAAUGAUUACGGACCCAGUAAAGACGUCACUUAGCCUCAAUGAUCAGCCUUUUCUGAGUCUCCCGUUCUUCACACCAAAUCCCAACAUAUGCCCAGCCUCAACAGUGCUGCAGUACUUAGAGUCAACGAAAGAAAUCCGAAAUAAUGAAGAUUUCUUAUUUUUAACUUAUGUAAAACCCCAUAAAAAAGCAACAAAGCAAACCCUUGCCCGUUGGGUAAAACAGACACUUAUGUCAUCGGGAGUAAAUACGACUGUAUUUAAACCUCAUUCAACUAGGCACGCAGCAACAUCAGCAGUCCGUAGGGCAGGGCUGUCGGUAGACACUAUUUGUAAAACUGCAGGCUGGUCUCAGAAGACGGCAACCUUUGCAAGGUUCUACGACCGACCACUACAAGCGGAUGAUGACUUUGCAAACACGAUACUCUCAACGAGUAUAAAGUAG